CUGGAUGUGCUUACUCAGGCUGAUAUGCCGAGCCGUGAGGACUUUAUGGCGACAGAACAAUUGCAGGUAUGGCUCCGCAACGUGGAGGCCGGCGGCGUUUUGGGUCUGGGACCUGGGGCCUGGAAUAAGCGGGAAAUGGAGGCAAGGAGGGAAAAGAAUGCGGCCAAAGAAGAGGAUGGUGCGAGGGCUGGCCUUAGCUCUUUCCACCGUCUGGACCGACUCGGAUCCUCAAAACCACUUCCAUUCAUAGGGAAUGGUGGUUGCGAAGCGGCCGCUCAGGCUCGACUAACAUUUACCGGCUGCAGAAGGAUGCCAGGGGUCUGCCAUCUGCUUUCACAGCUAAACUUUGAGGUUCGCUUGGUUUCUACUCCUGCGUACACACUUACUACUCGAGAACCCACACUCGAAUAUAUAAAAGUAUAG